AUACUGAAUAGAAACGUAAAAAGGAAACACAAUUUGAUGUCAUUUCAAGUCGGACAGAAUACAACAAAACAGGAAUAUCAUACUUCAUGGGCGAAAUAUAAAUCAAGAAAAUAAAAAGGAAGACAAGCAACAUGACGGAGGUACUCUCAGAACUCGUUUCAGACGCUAAACGACAUAAGUUUUCAACGAUUCCCAAACUUUCUGACGAUGAUAUUGUCAGUGUUUGGGAAAAUGUUGCCAACUUUGUGGAACGUCACAUGGCCCUACAAAAGGGUGUACAAAUCCAUGGUCUGGGAACAUUCACUUUUACCCAGAAGAAGAUCGACAUUGGAAAUAAUAAAUUUAUUCUCAUCCAGAGACCUGUCUUUGUACUCUCAGAGAAGUUUGCCCAGACCCAUAGACUCAGCUACACUAAACAUUUCACUUCAGGUCAAGUUCCUAUCGUUCAACUCAACUUUGCCGUACUUUCCAACGAGAGCCCCUUUGACCGAGACUCCGUGGAGGGAUGCGUCCGCGAGGUCCUCCAGGCGCUCUCUCGUGCUGUCCAGUCCAAACGCAAUGUGGAAUUCUCUUUUACCGGCAUUGGACGUCUCACUAUCCGUGAUAGCAAGGUCAAGAUGAAGUUUUACAAGGACUUUCUGACCAUGAUGGAUGGAUCUGGGCAUCUAGUUGAAGCUCUUAAAAAUCGCCCUGAUACAGCAGACUCUGUACUAUCCAGAGCCAGUGUUUUCAGACCAAGCACAAGUGGUACUCUUGUCCUACCAAGAAUCACACAAGGUGCCGGCAAGGAUGGGUUCAGCUUUGAGAACGGGGAAGCAGAGAGACAGAUGCCUGCCAUCGAAGAGGCCAGAGAGUAUGAAGAACAGGAGGAAGCCAGGCUGGAGUACGCCCCCAAUCAGGAGGAUGAGGGACUUGGGAAAGAAAUAGAAGAGGAAGCUCGCAAGAAACCGGCCACCCCGAUGCGUCCUUCCUCGCGUCAAGUCAUUCCCACGGCCAAGGCAACCAGCAUCGGCUUUCUAGAUGACCUCGCCCCAUCCCCACGCCCUCAAUCCAGGGGGUUAAAGGGCACCCCCUCACCCCCUCCAGGCAAACCCCCAUCUCCCAAGGGCGAGCUCCCCCCACCACGCUUGGCAGCCGAGAUCCGCGAAUCCCUCGCCAACGAGGCAGAGGCCAUGGAGAGGGCCGAGUCCGCCUCGUGUUCCCAUGCCCAUGAGAAGGCAGGCCAGGAACUGUGCUAUCUGUGCCACCAGAGGGCAGUGCGCAAUGUACCUGUAUCAUUCGAGAGUGAGCGUAGGAGGAAGGAGCAGGAGCAGGAUCGAUUGCUACAGCAGUUCCAGCACUUGAAAGACACAGAAUCUAUACUCAGGGAUCAGGCUCAAAACAUGUCGAACAAACAUCACUCCCAGAAGAUAGCAGCAUUCAACCUUGGUGUGAGCGAGGCAAUAAAGAACAAACAGAAAGAAAGAUCGACUGAAUUUAAUAGAUCCUACGUCUUCCAGAACCGCGCCCGUACCCCGCCCCGCUUCCUGAAGCAGGAGGAGUAUGCCACCGAUCUCGGGUCCCAGGUGGAGGCUAAGGCCGUCGAUAAGAUCAAGCGCAGGCAAGACACAGACUUCCUGGAGAGGCUAGAACAAGUUCAGCUUGCAGAAGAGCUUUCAGCCCAACGAGAGAGGUAUCUCAGAGAUAAGCAUCAACAGACCGAUAUGUACAGGAAGGCUCUUUCGGCUCAGGUGCGUUUCAAGCCCCUCCCGUUGCCAGGUGCAGUAGCAGACUCCAAGGAGCCCAUCUUUGGCAAGUUUGACGCCACCAACGAGCAGCUGGCCGAGCGGAGGCGACGAGCCAUCGAGGUCUUCCAGGAUCAGAUCUCAACGGUGGAGAACAGGCGCAAGAACAACCUGACCAACCACGUCAAGACCCAGAACGACGAGACGGACAUGUUGGAGAAGACACGUAGAGAGUUGAUUGCUGACCGUGCUGCUCGCUUUGAGCAGGCUUUCCAGACGAGGAAAUCCCUGGAGGAGACAUGGAAGGAGGCCGAUGCGCUCAAGAAGAGCCGCGAGGAGGAGCAGGUGCUCAAACUCCAGAGUUCCGGCAUUCUCCUGCACGAACAGUGCGAUCAGUAUCACCGAUGUGAGCAGUGCCUGCGAGUCCUCAAGAACUGCGGCGAAUCAAACAUCUGGAGCGAAUCUAGAUACAUCCCAGGCUCUCGUCUAAUUAUGUAAUCAUUUAUUCAUUCCGUCAUGAAAAAUUUAGAGAUUAUACAUCCCAUCCAUUGCUGUGAAUUGAUACUCAUUCAAAAAAAGAAAACAAAGCACAUCUUAUUGAUUUGAUUGUUUUUUAAGCACACACACACACAAAAUAAUUAUAUAAAAAUGUUAUUGGUGGUUUGAAAAUUGGGAAAUAAUUUGAAGAUUAAAAGGAAAAAAAGAGUGAUGAUGGAGGUAAAGUUUUGGUCACAGAUUUUUAAGAUAGCAGUGAAGGUGGAUGGAGCACAUUUAGAAUCAUGAACAGUAUAAACUGCCUUUACAUUUGAUGUGAUAUUUCAUUACAAAAUAGAUAAUUUUUCAUAUGUUUCAAAUUGGACAUAGUAUAUUGAAAUAGCUGUGCUAAAAUAGAUUUAGAUUGAUUGAUUAAAUUAUAUGAUUGUACUAUUGGGACUCUGUCAUCCUUUUUGUAGCUAUAGCUAUAGAUGUACAUCUAUGCAAGUAAUUAUGAAGUAGAGUUAAACUUGAUUAAGAUUUACAUUUUAAAUGCCCUGUACCUUUUUACAAUAUUCUCCAAGGAAGCUUGAAAUUUAGAUAUUAUUAAACAUUGAAAACAGUGAAAAGUGAAAAUUGCCUGAUUAGAUUUUUGCCUGAUGCCUGGAAAUAGAUGACACCUCUAUGCAAAGAACUCCUUCCAAGCAUCUUUAAAAAAAAAAAAAUGUUUAACUAUGCACAUGUCAGAUGGAAAGCUGUGUUUUUCCAGGAACAAAUGAACAAAAUGCAAGUGCCAUGGACAAAAAAAUUCAAUUCAUUUUGCCUUAAAAUCAUGUGUGGACAGAAUAUAGAACUAAGACAUAUUUUUGUGAUUCAAAGUUAUGCGCAAAGGAAUGAAUUGCUGGUUCUUUUGGAAUUAGUUGUGUCUGUUCGGAAAUAUUUUUAUAUGUAAUUUUGAUCUAGGAAAAUUAGAGUUGUGUUAUAACAUAUAAUAUGCUAUCAGUGUGUGGUAAAUUGAAUUCUUAUUCAAGGAAAUAUUUCUUUCAUCAUAUUUGUCGCUAUUAGAAGAGGCUUCUGUUAUGUGGUCAGUAUAGUAUAAGAACAUCUAUUUCUAGGGAUAUCUAGUAUUUUCAUAUAAUAAUCUGUGAUGUCAUGCAGAGAAGGCUUCUUGCAUGUUUCAUUAGUAAACACAUUUUGUUGGGGUGAUCAUGAUUACAAUCACUUGAUGUGAAGGUUCAGUAUCUUGUGUUAGAGAACUAUCUACUUAUGCUGUACGGUAAUGUAAUUUUUCAAUAAUUCACCAGGCAAAUUAUCCUCUAAUUGAAGAAAAAAAAAAUUACAGUUUGUGUGAGCUUUAUCUACUACUGUAGUACGAUAUUUACAAUAUUAAUAUCACAGUUUGCAAUAUAAGGUACUCGGUCGUACACACAUUGAUCAGGAUAUGUAUGCUGAUUUGUCAUACAGUAUAUGCCAGCAACUGUAUCAUUGCACGUAUGGUUGAGUUAUUGGAUGCUGUCAUAUCGGCUGUUGAGUGGCAGAAAGGGAUUAACCAUACUUCUUGUAAAAGUGUGUGUGUUAGUGCCGUUCUGGCUCUCGAACAGCAGACGAUUAGCAUUUAUCUCUUAUUCAGGACUAGUAAUGGAGUUUGUUUUCUAUGCUGAAAAUUAUUACUGUGCAUAUCGACUUUAUUGUCAUUACUACCAUUGCUUAUGGGGCAUGGCCUAUGCCUGAGAGGGCAGAAGGGGCCUUAUAGUGCAGUGACCCUCGAUCGGGUCUAUCAUCUAGGUAUCAGGGCUUCAGCACCUUAUCGGGUCAGCUCUGCUCGACCCUGGGUAAUAAUCCUAGUUCCUUGUAUUUUCGAGCACAAAGAGACAUCGCUCAACAUUUGAUUAGCCCAAGAACAACAUGUUAUUAUUAUUUUAAUUUAUUUGUGGGUUUGGGAUGAAAGGUUAUUUGGUCUUUCCUACGUUCUGAAUUUCUCAUUUAGGAGUGAAACAUGCAGUACACAUGUCUACUCCUCCCCAGCGAAAAAAAUUGUCAAUUUUUAUGCAUGGUAGUGAAUUAUUGAUGCCCCUGAAGAUAAACCCUUAUACAAUGCACAAUUUGGAAAUAUGCCAAGACAGUAUACCCCACAUCCACUUGUAACAUAUUGUUUGUUGGAGUGAUAUAAAUAAACUUCUCUGAGAACCAAAAGGGCAUUACAUACAAACGUAGUACAUAGCAUUUAUGUCCUUUUAGCAUUACAGUAACCCCUUGGUAGAUCUAGGUACGGUAUAUUUAUUGGAGUUUGGUAAUGUACAUAUCAUGUAUUAUGCAUUCAGAAUAUGAAUGGCCAGGAUACAUCAAACUUGGCUUAUAUAAUAUAUAUUACCUGACCUAGUGCCAGGACGAGUAUACAUGUAGAUUUGUAAAAAUAAAAGCAUGAGUAAAAUUCCAGCUGGAUGUAUUUGAAAAAAGAUAAGAUAUAGCUGCAUUUUGAAAUAGCAUUAUGUCCGUCCACUUGAAUGAAAUUGAAAGUGUUUAAAGAGUAGAUAUUAGCAUGCAUUUGAAUUUAGAUGAUUUUCGUUCUAUUUUUGCACUUUUUUAUUCAACAACUCACUACUACACGUGUGCGGAAACAGUUGAUAGACUGUUCUAUUUUUCUUACAUUCCAAUUUUAUUCCUUAUUGUGUUUUUACCAGUACCACAAAAAGUUUAUACUUUGAUCAAAACUUUAAAACAAAUUUUUGAGCAAAUUGAACAAAUUGAUAUACAUAUAUAUGUUUUCAAAAGGGUAAAUUGAAACAAUUUUUGUAUCAUCUUUUUUCCUCAAGUCGUAUGUAAUCGAUAAUCAAGCUUUAAACACAAAAGAACAAAAAAUCAGUGCAAAUAUGUUUAUUUCUAUGUAUUAUACUAUUUCUGUACUUAUAUGUGAAUGUCGUGUAAAUUUAUGUCAAUAUUAAAUGCCUAUGGACUUCUGUCACUAUAAA